CCUUUAGGUGUGCUCUUCUUUUGCAUCAUAAUACCACCCAGUUCGUGGCCUAUCCGCCACGAUGGUCUUGUGCCAUUCUUAAAGGACUCCUCGUCGUCGUCAUCAUCAUAUCGAACAGCGCGGAAGAAGAAGAGAAAGCCCACCUUGGCGUGUUCCCGCAGGCUAUCAGCAUAAGAAAGUCUGCCCGACUCUUGGCCAAUCCCCGCGAGUGGGUAAGCGCCAAUCUCAUCAAGGACAUCACCAUCAUCAUCAUCUAUCAGCGAAACAAGAGAGAGAAAAAAAAACAAGAAGGACUUUCAGCGCGACCGGAGUGGACAUGAGGCUGACCGUGAACCGGCGUCCCAUCCUGGUGUUGCUGGCGUCCGCGGCUGCAGCGUUCGGCGCCGUGGCCCUGGCCGUGCUGCUGGUGCGCAGGAUACGCGUCUUCCUCGCGGGCGAAGUCCUGCUGACCCAGGAUCGUUCCUCGUACACGGUGCGGCUCGAACAGCGCGUCCCCGUCACCCACGACGUGCGCCUGUUCCGGUUUGCCCUGAAGAGCCCCAAGCAGAUGCUGGGCUUUCGUGUGGGCGAGCACGUGUUGCUGUACGCGCGCAUCGGCGACCGCACGGUGAUGAGGCCGUACACGCCGGUCAGCCGCACGGAUCAGCGGGGCAGCUUCGACAUCAUGGUGAAGAUCUACCCGGCGGGCGUGUCCAGGAAGCACCCCAUCGGAGGGCUCAUGAGCCAGUACCUGGACAGCCUCCAGCCGGGAGAUAAGAUAGAGAUCCAGGGCCCGAAGGGUCGCUUCGUUUACGAAGGGCGCGGCCACUUCGCCACCGCCGACGGCCGCCGGAUGCCGCUCGUGACUCGGCUUGGAUUGGUGGCGGCCGGAAGCGGCGUCACUCCGAUGCUGCAGCUGCUGCGACACCUGCUCGCCGACGCCAUCGACCAGACGAGUGUGAUGAUGAUCGACGUCAACCACAGCGAGGAAGACAUCAUUGCUCGCCAGGAACUCGACGACUACGCCAAGAGCAACGAGGCCUUCAGCAUACGCCAUGUGCUGAGCAAGGCGCCUGCGUACGAAGGCAUGACAGGCUACGUGCCGGGGCCCCUGAACAUGGACAUCAUGACCGAGCACCUUCCUCCGCCGGACUCUGGCACGAUGGUGCUCUGCUGUGGACCCCCUCGGCUCAUCGCGGACGUCUGCGCUCCGGCCCUCAGGGACAUCGGGCACAAGCCGCACAGGGUGCUCUACUUUUGAACGCCGCAGCUCGGUCGCCGAAACAUUUUUUUGUCCCUUACAAACUGCGCUGUUGCUUUCGGGAUCGAUGGCGAAAGAAUACACCACUGAAUAAACACUUUGUCUGUAGACGGCUAUAUUAUUUCUGUCCCGUGCGAACUGUGUGGUUGGCGUAUUUUUCUCUCCUUCGG